UUAAAAUUAAAAAAUAAAUAAAAAAAUUAAAAAUCCCCUUCUGCUGGGUGUGGUGUUCACGCCUGUAAUCUCAGCUACUCAGGAGGCUGAGGUGGGAGGAUUGCUUGAAUCCAGGAGUUCGAGAUCAGGCUGGGCAAGAUGGCAAGACCCCAACUCAAAAAAGAAAAAAAAAAAACCUUUCCUCCUAAGCCUCAUUUCCCCAUCUGUAAAACGAGUCAGGGACUGUGCCUGGGAUGCUGCCUGCGAGAGAUCCCGAUGUCCCCCACUCAGGGUCACUAACUGUGGCUCUCUCUCCCCAGGAGGGCUGUUGGUGGCGGUGCCUGGGGAGAUCCGAGGCUAUGAGCUGGCACACCAGCGGCAUGGGCGGCUGCCCUGGGCUCGCCUCUUCCAGCCCAGCAUCCAGCUGGCCCGCCAGGGCUUCCCCAUGGGCAAGGGCUUGGCAGUAGCCCUGGAAAACAAGCGGACGGUCAUCAAGCAGCAGCCUGCCUUGUGGUAUGUCUGUGGGUGUGGCCCCCUGACACAGGCAGGGCAGGCACAGCCCAAGGACCUUGCAGGCUGUAGCAGCAGUGGAGCGGCCCUCUGCCUUCAGGACCCUGCGCUGAUAAUGGGAUGAGGAGAUACAGACCCUUCCCACCACGUGUGGGGACACGUUCUGAGCGUGGGGUCCCAGUGGCCACUGUGGCUGGCCAUGUGUCCUGAGUGGCAAGGGACACUAGGAGGUUCCCGGAAGGGACACUAGGAGGACGAGCGCUGAGUGACGGGGCCACCCACCUGUGACAGGCGCUGCCCCUGCUUUGUGCUGGUCUCCUGUGUGGGCAGGUGUGUGGGGUGGUCUAUCUAAGUCCACCCCACCUGCUGCCUCACAUGAGCCCCCUCUGCCCCAGUGAGGUGUUCUGCCAGGAUAGAAAGGUGCUUCGGGAGGGGGAGAGACUGACCCUGCCACGGCUGGCUGACACCUAUGAGACGCUGGCCAUUGAGGGUGCCCAGGCCUUCUACAACGGCAGCCUCACGGCCCAGACUGUGAAGGACAUCCAGGCGGCCGGGGGCAUUGUGACAGCUGAGGACCUGAAUAACUACUGUGCUGAGCUGAUCGAGCACCCACUGAACAUCAGCCUGGGAGACGCGGUGCUGUACAUGCCCAGUGCGCCGCUCAGUGGGCCCGUGCUGGCCCUCAUCCUCAACAUCCUCAAAGGGUACAACUUCUCCCGGGAGAGCGUGGAGACCCCCGAGCAGAAGGGCCUGACGUACCACCGCAUCGUAGAGGCUUUCCGGUUUGCCUACGCCAAGAGGACCCUGCUUGGGGACCCCAAGUUUGUGGAUGUGACUGAAGUGGUCUGCAACAUGACCUCUGAGUUCUUCGCUGCCCAGCUCCGGGCCCAGAUCUCUGACAACACCACUCACCCGAUCUCCUACUACAAGCCCGAGUUCUACACGCCGGAUGACAGGGGCACUGCUCACCUGUCUGUCAUCACAGAGGACGGCAGUGCUGUGUCCGCCACCAGCACCAUCAACCUCUACUUUGGCUCCAAGGUCUGCUCCCUGGUCAGCGGGAUCCUGUUCAAUAGAAUGGACGACUUCAGCUCUCCCAGCAUCACCAAUGAGUUUGGGGUACCCCCCUCACCUGCCAAUUUCAUCCAGCCAGGGAAGCAGCCGCUCUCAUCCAUGCUCCCAACGAUCAUGGUGGGCCAGGACGGCCAGGUCCGGAUGGUGGUGGGAGCUGCUGGGGGCACGCAGAUCACCACAGCCACUGCACUGGCCAUCAUCUACAACCUCUGGUUCGGCUAUGACGUGAAGCGGGCCGUGGAGGAGCCCCGGCUGCACAACCAGCUUCUGCCCAACAUCACGACAGUGGAGAGAAACAUUGACCAGGCAGUGACUGCAGCCCUGGAGACCCAGCACCAUCACACCCAGAUCGUGUCCACCUUCAUCGCUGUGGUGCAAGCCAUCGUCCGCACGGCUGGUGGCUGGGCAGCUGCCUCGGACUCCAGGAAAGGCGGGGAACCUGCUGGCUACUGGUUGCUCCAGGCAGACAAGGCUGACCAGCAAUCCAGGGACAAGAUACUCACGAGGAUGAGGAAGAGGACUUUGGGGGACGGGCUUCCCCUGUGAGCAGCAGAGCAGCAUAAUAAAUGAGGCCACUGUGCCAGGCUCCAGGUGGCCUCCCUGGC